AUGGUGGACAAACUGCACGAGUACGAGGGUCUAGCUGGCAGGGUGCACGACGUUAGAGACAAGUUUAAAGAGAAAUGGGAGACGUGGAAAGAGUGGAAGAAUGGGAUACCGAUGGACCAGGGGAUCGAAGGCUUUCUCAAUCACCUGCGAGGACCACCCAAGUUGGAGAGAAGUUUGGACGAUUACGCGCAUAUUUACAGAAGAAAGACACGGGCAGAGUUGGUACGCGUGUCCGCGGCUGUCAUGGGCAUCGAGUUUUCGUACGCCGCGGAGACGGCGUUCGUUUCACCGACCCUGUUGAAAAUCGGCGUGGAUCACCAGCACAUGACCCUGGUCUGGGCCCUCAGCCCUCUCAUCGGUUUCUUCGUCACGCCGAUUUUGGGAAGCUUGAGCGACAGGUGCAGGUCAAAGUACGGCAGACGAAGACCGUUCAUUCUGCUACUGGCUCUCGGCGUUUUGAUAGGUUUAAUACUAGUCCCAAACGGAGAGGACAUGGGAUACGCGUUCGGGGACGUUCCAUCUACGUGGAGCAACUACACGGUUCCUCUGGGACAUCGAACCACGGCGAAGCAUCCGAAGGAAGAGUCGGCGAAACCUCCGUCUCACUCUUGGGGGAUUUUCUUCACGAUUCUGGGCACGGUUCUCCUCGAUUUCGACGCUGACGCUUGCCAAAGUCCGGCCAGAGCUUACUUGCUCGACGUCACUCUACCUGGCAAUACGUUCACCAUAAUGGCAGGCUUGGGAGGCUUCAUGGGGUACGGGUUGGGUGGGAUCAAUUGGGACGCCACUGCGUUGGGAAUUAUGCUAGGUGGACAUCUUCAUGCCACUUUCACUUUGAUCACCAUUAUAUUUAUCAUCUGUGUGUCCUGCACCAUCACCAGCUUCAAGGAGAUACCGUUGCAGUUGUUGGAGAGCGACGAGUAUCGACAACUGCAGGAACAAAAGGCAUCGGUCGAAGAAGAGAAGCAGGACGAUCAAAAGGAACACGAGAAAAUCACCACGGACGAGUGUGUUUCUUACGGCACGUUGGACAAUGAGUCGGAGAUUGCUACCAACAAGGACGAGUUUGUCCUCAAACCUCUUCCGGUCCAACAACUUCCGGAGAAAAGAGCCGGUCACGUGCCCAUGGUGCCAGAUGUACCCGCCGAAAACGUCAGUCACGUCGAACAAUGUUUCGACGAAAGCGUCGAAGCGUCGAAUCCGAAAGUCUCGCUGAGGGAAUAUCUUCUUUCCAUCGUGUAUAUGCCGCACAGUCUUCGUAUGGUGUGCCUGACUAAUUUGUUCUGUUGGAUGGCACACGUGUGUUAUUCCCUGUACUUUACCGACUUUGUUGGCGAGGCUGUUUACGGUGGAAAUCCACAGGCUCCGGAAGGCAGCAAAGAGAGAGAACUGUACGAAAGCGGAGUUCGUUUUGGAUGUUGGGGAAUGUCCAUGUACUCGUUGUCCUGUUCUUGUUACUCGCUGAUCAUUGAAAAGCUCAUUGAACGCUACAGAGCUCGGAGGGUGUACAUUUGCGGCCUACUGUUCUAUAGCACUGGUAUGAUGAUGAUGGCGCUGACGAAACAUCCCGCGGGAGUGAUCAUAUUCUCUUGGACCGCGGGUGUUAUGUACUCUACGUUAUUUACCAUGCCGUAUCUUCUAGUUGCACAUUAUCACGCCUCGUCCACGUUUGAGGUGACAGCCGAGGGUGAAGCCGUUCAAAGCUUAGGAGUACGCGGUCUCGGCACAGACGUUGCGAUCGUCUCCUCCAUGGUGUUUCUGGCGCAGUUUCUCCUCUCCUGCUGUCUGGGCACGAUCGUCAGCAAAUCUGGUACCACUACGGCCGUUGUAUGCGUGGCAAGCACCCUCGCUGCCUGCGGGGCCGUUUCUGCCACACAGAUCAUGUAUCUCGACCUUUGAACUUUGAACGUUGACAAAAAAAGAAAAAAACAAAAAAGUGUGACUCCAAUUCUCUCCGAUACUCUCUCACUUUGUUAACUUAUAAACAUCAGAAAAUUACAAGAUUGUUUUAUUUGAUUUAUCAUCUAGCGUUGUAAGAUCAUUUAAACAACUCGAAGAAAGAAUUUUUACAUCUUGCUCGUCUCCCAAAGAGUAGACACGCAGAAGCAACUUGAUUUUUCUUGAUUUUUCUUGAUUUUUCUUGAUUAGAAGAUUCGAUUAUUGGAAUUUGAAGAGAGGUGUGUGGUCUUAUUUUUGUAUUCAAUUGACAGCUCAUUUUUUUGUAAAUGUAAAACACACGAGUUUUGAAAAGAUGGGACAACAACAUCAAGAUGAUCCAGUCAUUGUUCUCUCUCUUCUUCUUUUUUCUCUCUCAAUGAUGGAAUUGUUUAUACUUGAACCAUUUUUAUUCUGUUGUAUUGUUAGUCGGUUGGUGUUAAACCACAAAUAUCGCAAGCGACCUCAAUUUCCUUGAAGAUCAGUUUGCUUAGAUCCACAACGUAUCUCUGUACAUACCGAUCCAUGUCGAAACUCUGUAAAAUUGAUGACAAACGAUUCUUCUCAACGAUUUCGUACGUUUAAUUUUGAUUAAAAAUUACACAUCUUGCACUUCUCUAUUCUGU